AUGAGUUCACCUGUUUCAAAUCUCAAAGGAAACCUGCAACCAGGUGCUUAUAAUGGUAAUGGCUCCCGCAGUAGCAGCACUUCUAGUUCUUUUGUGCGUCCAGAGUUAGAAUCCAGUGACACCGUAGAAGCAGAGUUGGUUUCUGUGUCUUGGAAUCAGGACUCCAGCUGUUUCGCUGCGGGAACUAGUCAUGGUUUUCGUAUAUACAACUGUGAGCCUUUCAAAGAAACGUUCAGACGUGACCUGAAGAACGGAGGUUUUAAAAUCGUUGAGAUGCUUUUCCGAAGCAAUAUCUUGGCGCUUGUUGGCGGUGGACCGAACUCUCAGUACCCUUCAACCAAAGUACUGAUUUGGGAUGAUCACCAGAGCCGCUGCAUCAGUGAAUUUUCGUUUAGGUCUGAGGUUCGUGCAGUGAAGUUAAGUAGGGAUUGGAUUGUUGUUGUUCUUGAACAUAAGAUAUAUGUCUACAGUUUCGUGGACCUAAGGCUUCUUCUUCAGAUUGAAACUCAUGCAAAUCCAAGAGGAUUGUGUUGCCUUUCUCAUGGCUCAGAUACAUCUGUCCUUGCUUGCCCUGGUUUACAUAGAGGAGAGAUUCGAGUUGAACAUUUUGGCCUUAACAUGGUGCAAACUAUAAAUGCACAUGACGCCAGUAUUGCGUGCAUGACCUUGACACUUGAUGGUUUGUUGCUUGCAACUGCCAGUACAAAGGGAACACUGAUUAGAAUCUUCAACACAAUGGACGGAACUCGUUUGCAAGAGGUAAGAAGAGGAGUGGACAGAGCAGAUAUUUAUAGCAUUGCACUUUCACCAAAUGUGCAGUGGCUGGCAGUAUCAAGCGACAAAGGGACUGUUCAUAUUUUCUGUCUCAGAGUUAGGGUAGUGGGGGAGGAUUCUCACUCCACUGAAAAUGCAGCUCUCCUGACACAACAAACUUAUUCUAAUUCUCUGCAAGGCCUUGUUUCUCCAACAACUGGUACAAAUCCCGGUUCAUCAUUGUCAUUUAUGAGAGGUGUUCUACCAAAGUAUUUCAGCUCCGAGUGGUCAUUUGCACAGUUCCAUGUAUCAGAAGUCACACAAUUCUUCGCAGCAUUUGGCAGUCACAACACUGUUGCCAUCACCGGCAUGGAUGGAAGUUUCUACAGAUGCAGCUUUGAUCCUGUGAAUGGAGGAGAGAUGGUGCAGGUAGAACAUAUCUGCUUUCUAAAGACGGAAAACCGCCCGAGAUAAGUUUAAGUUCAUGCCUCAAUUCAUCCACUCUUCUCUAAGCCUCUGCAUGUCUAUGUAAAUAGAUUUGGUCAGACAGCAUAAGAUUUGAUUCAUUGAAUAUUUGCUACUUCGAGUGAAGGACCUGCAUUAUUGAUUGGGAACUAUGUACAUAGCUACAUAUUAAGAUUUAUACAUAGCGCAGUGCAAAACAGAUGAUGAAAAGUUAAUACAUAAUUCUUUCAUUUUUUUACAAGAA